AUGAAAUCAGAAUUUGUGAAGGUUGAAUAUUCAAGAUGCCCACCCCUACAAGAGCAUCCCGUUCGGUUCAUAUAUUUUUACACAUUGUUAUUUGAAACUUCUCUUAUGAGUAAAGAUCAUAUCUUUUUGACGAGUGGACAAACACCCCAGCGGAAGGCAUCAAAGUCACCAGGAAGAGCGUUAAAGUCUGUUGGAAGGUCACGCAGUAGAAGCAAGAGCAAAAGUCGUGCAAAGAAAGCCGUUGGUAGACCUAAAGGUAGUAAAUCACCAGCCCCAGCUAGCAGAACACCAAGAAGUCGAACACCAAGAAAGACAGUGGUUGAAGAUACAGUAGAUAAAGUAGAAGUGAGAGCUAGGACUAGAUCUAGAUCACGAACCAGAACUCCAGUAGAUGUUACUCCAGUUAGACAGUCAGCUAGAAUUAGUGCUCUUGUAGAAAAAGAG